AUGGGCUCGGUUCCUACCGCUGUUUUUGUGCUCGCACCUUUAUCGGCGGUCAUCCUGCACGAGUUCGUUUUGCGACGAGUGGAAGUCGACCAUUUGACCCUUCAGAUCCUUGGCCUAGCGAUUACCGCAUACUGGGUUCUAUCAUAUUACACUGGAUUCAUCGCCGCGACACUGGUGACGAGUUCCUUCUGGGUUCCACUAUGGCUGUACAUCGGAGCGUACCGAGCCUUCUUUCACCCACUCAAUGACUACCCGGGACCUUGGGCUGCGAAACUAUCGAGAUGGUGGGCCGUCAAGCAGACAUAUGACAGCAGCCUGCAUUACCAUCGAGUCCUUCAGCGGCUGCAAGGCCAAUACGGCGAUUAUGUUAGGACGGGGCCACGUGAGCUCACGAUUUUCGAUACAGCUGCGAUCCAACCAAUCCUCGGAGCUCAGUCACAGACGUCAAAAGGACCGUUCUUUGACGUCAUGGAAAAGUCGUUGCACCUCAAUCGCGACAAGGCGUUCCACCGCCAGCGCCGCAAGAUCUGGGACAAUGCGAUGAAGGCAUCGCUUUCCGACUAUGCGCCCCAAGUCGAGAACUUCACAGACCAGCUACUUACAAGGCUGCGCAAUGAAGAGGGAAGGUCAAUUCCGCUGCUUGUGUAUGCAAGCUACUAUAGCUACGAUGUCAUGGCAGCGCUGGCCUUCGGCAAGCCCAUGGGCUUCAUCAAAGGCGAACAAAGCGACGUCGCUGCGAGCAUUCUUGCAACUAUGAUGGGCAGCGUCCAGGCUUUGGGAUACAUGUAUCUGAUGCCAUGGCUAAUGAACACAGUCGGUGUCCUUACCUCGUUCGCGGGACCUAUGAAGGAAUGGCGAGACUGGAGCGUCAGCCAGAUGAAAGCGCGCAUGCAGGUCAGAGACGCCAAACCAGACCUGAUCUCUCAUCUCAUCACCUCCACGCCCAAAACACCAGAAGGUCGCGAACUUCUCUACGGCGAAUCACGCCUCAUAAUUUCCGCUGGCAGCGAAACCACGUCCACGGCCCUAACCUUCCUCUUCAUGCAGCUCGCCACACACCCACACUACAUGGCCGCCGUCCGCGCCGAGUUCCUCUCCAACAUCAACACCUACGACUGCCAGCGACCCAUGCCAAUGCUAGAAGCUUGUAUCCAAGAAUCGAUGCGCAUGUGGCCCUCCGUCUUCUUCGGCUCCCAACGCAUCACGCCGCCACAAGGUAUGGAGAUAAACGGGCGCUUCAUCCCGGGAAACAUGAUCGUACACAUCCCUAUCUUUCCGCUGUUGCGCGAUGCGAGGAACUUCGUGGCGCCUGAUCAGUUCAUACCUGAGCGAUGGACUACAAAGCCGGAGUUGGUACUGAACAGGCAGGCGUUCAUUCCCUUCUCGACGGGGUCACAUAGCUGUGCUGGUAAGGCUCUGUCGUUGAUGGAGUUGAGGAGUGUGAUUGGUAGGGUCGUGGCGGAGUUUGAUGUCGUGCUUGAUGAGGGGACGGAUGUGAAUGCUUACUGGGAGGGUAUCCUGGACCACUUCACUGCGGGUGCGCCACCGAUGAUGGUCAGGUUCGUGAAGGCGCAGUGA